AUAUUUUAUAACAUCAUCCGAUACCUUUCCACACUAUAUUUUUAAUCGUUUGAAAACCUUAUGAAUAUUAGGAAAGAAUUUUUUACAGCAAGUAAUACGGACAAAUUUAGUAAUUAGGCAAUCUUGAUAUUUGCUUAUGAUAUUUACCAAAACCAUAUCGCUUUCACUAGCUAAUAUAUUUUCCAUGUUAUUGUGUAUAUGUAUAAAUAUUUCUUGGAAAUGUUUUAGCAAAUUAAUAGAAAAAAAAUCGAGUAUGGAACAUUUAUACGUAAUAUACGUAUAGGCAUAAGAAAUUUCUGUACAUUGGAAGCGAUUUAUUAGUUGCAAUCAUACAACAAAAAUAUUUUAUACGUAUGAGAUAUAUGUUGGAAUUGUAAUUAAUUACAUUUAAAAAUAAGAGUUACUAUUAUAAUAUUUCUACUCCUUGGAAAAAUGUAUAAAAAGGUAUACAGGGUAUAGCGUUAAUUCGCGAAUGUAAUAUUUACUUACUAUUAGAAUCUAAGGACACAAGUUUCACGCACUCUUCGGGCUUCAAAUUUGACGCUAACAGCUGCAAUUCUGGCACAUCAACCUCGGUAAUGAUCUUUGCGAAGUAAAAAACAAUACAUUGUAGUUUUUGACAAUCUCAACUGUGUUUGUACAUCGUCCUGUAUCAUAAUUGAAGAGUGGGAGUAAAAAAGGGUGUAAGUGCCAUUUGAAAAAAAAUUUUUUCUCUCCUUAAAAAGCUCAGUAAAUAUGAAGAGAAACGUUAUCGCCAUAAUUCGUUUUUAGCAUUUCGUAUACGUUGCACGGUCGGUUUCUUAAAUUAGAUUGUAAGAUGCCAUGUGCCAACGAGCUGCUUCCUCGUGCUUGAACGUAUAAGCAUUGCGUCUUUAAUUCCGAAAAGACGUUAUUAUUAUUUUCAUCACUCGUCGCGGGUACUGGCGAUCGUAGCCUUUUUAAGGGAGCUACACGAUGGACUUACAUUCCUUCUUAAAAAAUAAACUUCCUUUUGUUGUUAAUUAACAGAUGUUUGAAAUAUUAAAAUAGAAAUAUCGUGAAGUUAUACAAAAUAGAAUAGUACAUGUGAUAAAUAAGUUCUGUUAUAUUUUGUUAACAAGUAACAUUUUGGCAAGCAAGACGUUGUUUUCCACAAAAUUUUUGUUGUGGGACUUACGGCCUUAUUGACUUUCACUCUUCGAUCAUUGUUUAAGACAAAAUUGUCAUAUUGAUUCGUUUAAGAAUAAUUAUAACAGACAACGAACGAUUUGCAGCAUUUUAAUUCUUUGAUGAAUAUUUGGGAAAAUGUUCUUCUUGGAUUAACGGCGAUAAUGAGAUCGAAAGACGAUCAAAUUGUAUAAUUCGAUCCAUCGUUUUAAUUAUGCUUUACGUAACAAUUAUUUUCACAUCAACAAAACGAAGAUAUGAAUUUAUAAAAUUACAAAGUUAUUUUUUCAUUUCAAUUAGAAUUUUUGUUUGAGUUAUAACAUGUCUUAUUUGAACAAUUUACAUGAAAUAUAACAUACCUGGAGAAAGGAACAAGUAAGGUUGAGCAGAAGAAGAAACAGUGCAUCUUUCAAUACGUUUCUUAAAUUCAUCGAGAGUUUCGACGAAUUAACACGGUUUCGUUACAUGCUUUACGUUAAUUCAUUACAGUCUCCGGAAAAGUAAUAUCGAUUGUAUGAUUUUUAUGUUCAAGUCAAAUCUUCUCAAUAUUCUGUAAUAAGUAGAAUUGAUUGGUUAAGAUAGCAGAAGGUGUGAGAAAUAGCAUUAUCAAAGAACGAGGCAACGCUGAUGUAAUAAAAGGGAUGGAACCUUAGAAAUGAUAUUUCUUUUAACAGACUAUUCAACAUAACUGACAAUUCUAUUUAGUAAAAGAGUGGUGCAGAAUUGUCCUUAGUUUAUUAACUAUACAAGAACAGCGACACGGAACAAACAGAAUACUCUGAAAUAUUUUUUACAUCCAACUUCAUGUUUCAAGUUAAUGUGUCUCACAAACGCUCAUACGUGUGCCAUGAAUAUAGUGUUUAACGUUGCACGAUUAAAUAAUUUGUCAAAGAGAUCAUCUUUCGAAUUGAUCCAUUAAAACAUUUGGAGCUGAAGAAAGAUGCCAUAGUCGCUUCGUAAUCGAUAGCAUUGAAACGACUGUCGAUUAUGGAUCUGUCGAAAAAAAAAAGAAAAAAAUAUUUUCUCGUCUGACAGCAAAAUGUAAUUCGCCGAUUCAUAGUGGAUUUCACCUAUGUUCAUUUUACAAUGAAACUUGUAUGCUCGAUUUACAUUUUGAUUGUGGUUUUAGCGGAGAAUAAGGUGAGCAUCUACGUAGAAGGAAUUUGAAGGGUUUUGGAAGAUUUAGUACAAAUCAAUAUCUUAUCUUAUCAUACAAUGGAACGCGUUGACGAUACACUGAUAAAACAGUGUGAAGAUAAUCAAAUGAUUUUUCAACUGCACGAUAUCAUGUUCGUGUCCUUUGAAAAAUUUGCUUUUCUUAGAAGUCCAAUAUGUAAUCUUCCCGAUAUUAGUUCUCUAUUCUUAUAAAAGCGUGCAAAUCUUUUGGAAAAGAGAACAAAUAUAUUAGCAAAAUAUUAAUGCAAAAUAUUCGAUAGUUUCCUUAGAAAGACUACUAUAAAAAUUACUUGCUUUUGAAAUGCUUUAUGUAAUAAAUAUCCUUUAAAACGAGACGGUGUAAGAUAGAUAAUAUUGUUUUACAAGGACAAAUUUUUGGUUCGAUGUAUCGCCAAUAUAAAAGAAAACGAGCUCGUCUACCUGUCACAGAAAUUAAAUCCCUUAGAAUGUUUGCAACUUAUACAAGCUAUAUACGAAAUAACUCCAGUAAGAGCGGAACGUAACGUGAGAAAACACGAGAUUCAACGUGAAGACUUAAGUCGCAUGCCAAUUACGUCGAAGGAAUGUCUUCUUGACCUUGAACAAUGGGACAAUGUUUUUCCAACAAAUAUGAUACCUAAUGGACGGGCAGCAAUGGAAAUGACGCUAAGAUGGUUAGGACGACCCGAUCUGGCUAAGUAUGUGAGAGAAAAUCCCAGAUUGACUAAAUCCCUGAACACAGGGGAUUACGAUACAGCAGAUACGUUAGGAUUUCUAGGACACAGAUUGUCGCGAAGGCAUACUUCGGAAACGGACAAAAAUUUACGCAAUCAUGCAAAGAGGAAGAAAAAGAAAAAGAAAAAGAGAAAGAAAAAGAAAAAACGCGUGCGUCAUGCACAUAAAGAAUGCGAUCGAAAUACACAAAAUAAAAGAGUUCAAAAGGGAAUGGUAGCAGCAGCACAUACUGCGCUGUACAUCUGGGACGAAAAUAAAAAGGAUAAGGAUACUUUCACCGAUUGCUUGGAAUGGAACGACGAAGACGUAUGUCCUUGUUCGGAUAUUGAGGAAGCUUGCACAGGAAAAUGUGAAAUAUAUGAUCGAAAUUAUCAAACACAUUACGUAGCGGAUCAUCGAAUUUGUACCGACGAUUCUAUCAAAAGUGUGAGUUGUGUGCAUGCACCGAAGAAGGAAGAAAAGAAAAGACAACGGUUCAGCUUCUUUCAGAGAAGCUGUCAAAAAAAGGAAAAGGAUCAGGAAAAUCGGGAUAGGAAGAAAAUUUUGGAGAACGUAGCCGAGAAGAAAUGUGAAAAAAUACCGCAAAUUGUUCAAAAGGAUCAAUGUAAAUGCUGUAGAUGUACCUUGAAUUCUAAAGACAGAAUAUUACGUGAGAAGAGAGAAAUACGCAAGUGGAAAGCAAGGAGAAAGAAGGAAGAAAAGAGAAGGAAGAAAGAAGAAUCAAAGAGAGCAAAACAACUCGCAAAUGUAUGUUUCAAAGAGACAUGUAAAUAAAUUACUAUUGCAUUUGUUAUUUGAGUGCUUUAAAUAUUACUUAAGAACAAAUAUUUAAAAUAGUCGAGGGGAAAAAAGAAAGAAAUAAGGAAAUUUAUUAGAGGAACGUCAUAGAAAUAUUAAAUUUCGAUUAAAUACUCUAUAAAAAGUAAUAAAAGUAAAAAUUUAGUAUUACUUUAGUAUUGCGCUAAUAUAUUUUAUUCCGAUAUUAAUACUAUUAUAUAAUGUGUAUUAUUGCAGAAGUUAAACUAUGUAUAAAUAAUAGUCUAUUAAUCGUUAAUCAGUUUCUGAAAUUCUUUUUUGUUUUUAAUUGUCUUGUGUUCAACAAAUGUAAUAUAUAGAUAUAUUUUUGUAUAUAUAAUCAUUUUAGAUUUUAAUUGUUAUGAAAGAAAUACUGAAAUCCCGCGUUUAAAUCGAGUAUCGUGUGAUACCUUUUGAAGUCGAGAAUAUCGAUCUUUCGAUUAUCGAAGGCGAAUUCGCGCGCAUUUCUACACACCACUUCUGUAGUUCGUCUUUUUAGUAGUGAGUUCGUUACGUUAUAAAAUACCGUUCUGUGUAAAAAAGAUUGUGAUAUUGCUGGUUACUAUCGUCUUUACCAAAAAUACUGUAGCAUAUAGCAUCUAUAUAGGUAAGAGAUAAAAUUAAAUUUUCUUAAAGAACGAUAAGAGAUAACAUAUUUAGUACUGUAAAACUGUAAAUCAAACUUUACUUUUCAUGCGAUGUGGAGCAUUUGUAAAUGCACAUUUAAUAUUUUAAUUAAUUAUUCAUAACAUUUUGAAGAGAAAUAGGCACUAAUUAGUUAAUUUCAUUAUUAAGUCAUUUCAAAUAAUUUAGACAUGAUAUAUUCAGAAUAAUUGAUUUCGAAUUUUUUUAAAUAAAUUUCAUUACAAAUUACGGUUGGUGAGCAAAUACAUUAUGAAAAAUAAAUGUAUUUUGCAAGAAAUGCAUUCGUUAUUAGUUUACAUACACAUGUUUCUCAUUUCCAUUAUUUUAUUUUCAAUAUUAGGCAAUAUCAUGGUUUGUACAUUAUAUUUUUUGUAUAGUAGCAAAUUUAGUUUUUAGACAUGUAUUUAGAGCUCUUUGUUUUAUACACUUGUUUAGAAAAAUUUCUGGUUAUAAAAAUUCGGUCAUAAAAUAUAUCAUUUAUAAUCAUUUAACUAUGCGAUAAUAAAGUUAGAUAUAUUUUAAUAUUGACAUCAAAACUAUUUACAAAGAAAUAAAUGUUUAUCAAUAUUAAGCUCUAUACUGCAUAUAUCAAUAUAUGAGUAGAAUAUAUCUGUUAUUAGAAUUGAAAAUAAUACUGCACAAUGUAGGAACUGUAUUGAACAAUGUACUGUACUAUAUUGUACUGUACUGAAGGAAAAUUGUAUAUCUUAGAAACUAAACAAAAACAAGAAUAAUACAUAUGAAUUGCAUAUUAGUAACUAAUGUUUGGUAACAUUAAAUGCCUUUCAAAAAACUGAUUAUUUUAUGUUAAUGGAUAAGUUUAUAAGAAUGGAUAAAAAUUACUCACUGAUCUCUAUUUCUACAAGUUAUGUAUGUCGCAUUGUGAAACGUAAUUAGAAAUAAAAAUAUUUUUCAAUUUC